GAGCUGAUUUGCAACCCGCCGAAGGAGAUCUGGAGAAGAAGGAAAAUGUCUCCUGUCUCACCACGCACCGUUCUAGGAUCAGCUUGCUGUUAGGAAAAAGCAAAGUGGUGAGUCGGAAAAUCCUCACUACUUGCACUACAAUGAAGUUUCCUGUGUGUAUCAAGAAUGGUCCACCACCAAAAGGACAUCCAGCCAACUUGACACAACUACUUUACCCUAAACUGACCUUAGCAGUGUGUAAGCACAAAGUCAUCCUACUCCUGACGCUGAGACAAAUACAGAAAAGUUCGGGAGAAACUCUUCACACUCCAAACAGUCACCCAGGAAGUAAAGAGGAAAUUACAUCCGAGCAGAUGGAACCAAAUCCCAGCCUGGCGGGGGUGGACUCCCAAGGCAACAUGGUGUUUAGAGUGGUUAAGCCUGUCAUGGGCAUCUUCCAAGUCUCCUCCGAACAGACCAACUCUGUGGGACAGGGGGCUUAUCAGCAGACUAUGGUCGAGGGGCUGACAGGGUUACAAGGGUUAUCCAACCACCCCUCCAUGGUGCUGGGGGAUGGACAGGGGCAGCAGGGAAUGGGGACGUGAACCAGAUGCAAACCCAGAUUCAGAUCCCGGCAGGCGACACCACCCAGACUCAGGCUGGUGCUCCAGGCCACAACCACGUACCCCAUGUUCCGUUUGCUGAGGUGUCGUCUCUCCUGGACCCCAACAUGAAGAGCUCCAAGGCCCGUAAGUACCUGAUACCCUAUGACGAGAUCAAGCGUCGUCUGGAGGCUCCAGAGAAGAUGUCUCUGCGUUCGCUAGCAGCCUACACCAGGGUCAGCCGCGGCCCGGCCAGCAAGAAAACGCUUCAGGAGUCUCUAAAUAUACUGGGUCUCACUCCUAGUACUACUACUGCUGUAUCCUCCUCCUUCUCCAAGCUCACAGAGGGUGACACCAAAGCCCUGUGUAACGACAUGAAGGACUUUGCCCAUGACUACAUGGACUUUGGAAACAUGGCCAAGCAGCUUAUACCAGAGACUAACACAGUUCAACACUGGUCAAAGGUCAUAGAAACCAGGAGCCACCUGGAGGUGAUGAGGAAGUGUUUCCGUGACCCGGUCAACAGUGUGUUGUUCGACAACGUGACUCACGGCCUGGGCCUCGGGAUGCUCGACACUGCCCUAGACAUGAUCACCAUGGUGAUUGACAAACAGAUUCGCAUCCUGUCCGGCGCAGCUGCAACCGAUCCCGUCGACACCGGUCCUCCAAUGAGACGCAUCCGCCGCCGCCACCGCAAGCCCCGAGAUGACGGCAACGACAAACCGCUCAGGUCAGUGGGCGGGGUUAAAGGUCAAGGGAAAGGGUCGGGGAAGGGCAAAGGGAGGGGCCGAGGCAGGAAGAAGCAGCUGCAGGAGUCCGGAACCCCGGUUGGUGUUGCCAUGGAUACAACCCAGCGGCAGGAUCAAGAGCAUCAUCAGCCAGAGGAUGUGGAGAGCAGUGUUCUAACACUUGUCUCCGUCGGUUACGAGACCAUAUCCAGUGGCCUCAACGCCACGGUACAGCUCUGAAGAUGUUUAAUUGUUGAACAAACAAUGCUUAACAGGAGUCAGACUUCGCUGAACAUUUCCCCAAUGGGGUGGCUGGGAGCAGAACAGUCUUAGUAACGUUGUGAUGUGUAGAUGUCACUCAGGUCUGGGCUAUGGAACCCCAAACAUUCAGAGGAAGACAUGUAGAGGACACCGGGGGACGUUCAGGGACGUCACAUCAUUUUGGUUUAGUAUUUUUGUUUAGUUUUUGUGCUGCAGCUGUUGCCUACUGAUCCACUCAAUCAAUGUAUAUGUUUAUUUGUUAAGCACAGAGGUGAUGAUUGCAGCUUUAUUCAAGUGGAAAUCAAUUCAAAUGACAGAGAAGCGUUGAUGUUGAAAAAUCUACAAUGUAGAAAUGAGUCUCAAUUCGGGUCUUUGGAUAAGGCUGUUGCUUUGGUUGACCUACUCAUCUGGCAUUGGAUAGCCCAGUUGAUUUUGAUCAUGAGUAGACCUCUUAUAGCUCUUUCCACCUCUCCAUUACUGUAACAUGGGGAACACAUUAUGCCAGUACUUAGUCAAUGAUUGUAUGUUUAUAUUGAAACCUGGAGUGCUGAAAUACUUGUAUUAAAGCUUUAAUUUUCUUAA